GUUGCAUGUGUAAAGACGCAGAAAUGCACUUUAUGUGGUUGGUUUACCUGAAUGGAAAAUAUCGUCAAACCUCUUGGAGAAGUAAAGAAGUUUCUUGGAGAUAUGAUGGAUGGGAUGAACGUGGUGGGUAAACGGGACAUACAGGCCACCAGAUUUGACGCUUUCAUGGCCCACUACAACCAGGGCCGAUCAAAACUGAUGGAGGCUGUGGAAUUGGACGAAAGAUCUUCUGAUUCCGACAAAGAGAAGAAGAUAUUAGCUUGUGAAUUAUAUAAGCAAGGAAUGGAUGCAUUUCGAAAGGCUGAGGCAAUAAAUAUUAUGGAUAUCCACGCAGAAAGGCGAAAAGAAGCUGCCGAAGCGAAGGAAAGAAUGUUAGGGUACCACAAAAGCGCUAAAGAGCGUUUUGUCAUACUGAUGGCUAAAAUCCAAGGAACGAAUCCACCAUACCAUUCUUCGACAUCGAUUCCCGGUACAUCAAGUGCACGGACGGCGUCGCCAUCACGGUUGGGUGCUCGUGUUAAUUCUGCGCCAGGGGACCGACGUAGGAUACCCAAAGUGAAGGUUCCGAGCGCUUUAGACAAGAGUAACCCAAAAAUUCGAAAAGUGGAUCAAAAUUUAGGAAAGAGACAACUCAUUGCUGCACGUGCUGCUAUCCCUACACGUCAGCAGCUGCUCAAAGGUGUUGACGCUAAGUUUGGGGAAGCACUAUUGAACGAAAUGCUUGAUCGAACUGAUGUAAGGCUUUCUGAUGUGGCUGGUUGUGAAACUGCUAAGGAAGCUCUUGAGGAGGCGGUAAUACUACCUGCUAUGAAUCCAGGAUUGUUCAGCGGCUUAAGACAACCUGUGAAAGGAAUAUUGUUGUUCGGACCUCCUGGCAAUGGAAAAACUAUGCUUGCUAAGGCUGUAGCAUCUGAGGCUCGCCAAGUAUUCUUCAAUAUCUCAGCUGCUAGUCUGACAUCGAAAUGGGUAGGAGAUGCAGAAAAAACUAUCAGAAGUUUGUUCCAAAUUGCUCGAAAUGCUCAACCUGCUAUUAUAUUUAUUGACGAAAUUGAUUCGAUUCUUUGUGAUCGUACGGAGAAGGACACUGAAGUCUCGCGACGAAUGAAAACGGAAUUUUUGCUACAGUUUGACGGUGCUACCAGCAAUCCAGACGAUCGAAUUCUUGUCAUCGGUGCUACAAAUCGACCACAUGAACUUGACGAUGCGGUGCUACGACGUUUUCCAAAGCGAAUAUUGUUGGACCUACCAGACGAACGAGCUCGAUAUACUCUUCUCAAGCUGAUUUUGGAGAAACAUCACAUGACAUCAGGGCUCUAUGAUUAUGACAUAAGAUGGGUAGCUUCUCAUACACAUGGUUACUCUAAUUCUGAUUUGGUCGCUCUGUGUAAAGAAGCUGCUAUGGUACCCGUGAGGAGUAUAGACCGUAAGAAAUUAGCCACAACAGAUGAAAGCAAGCUAAGGGAUCUUAGGAGAAGUGAUUUCGAACAAGCACUCGACGUUAUCAAGCCUUCUACAAAUACCCGUAAUCUGCAGUUACUCGCAGAUUUUGCUCGACGAGCUGGACAGGGGGCCUGACAGGCAUUGCCGUAAGCAACCUUCGAUGAUUUGGAAGUUCAUUCGCGGUAUUUUCACUCGGUGACAUGGCCAUGAAGUAUCCUUGUCUUCAUCUGGACUUAUGACUAAUCCCAUCGAAAUACUGACUUCGCUGCCUCUGAAAAUUCGUUGUCUUUGACUCUAGACACUCCAAAUGCAAAGUUAGCCUUAUUGUGAUCAUCUACCCCAAUGCUUGCUUCUAUGACAAGAGGGGAGAAUUGUUGAUCUCUUGAAAUUUGUAAAUUUACGCUUAUCUUUCAAGUACAAAGAUUCUGUAUUUUUCUUUGUAUAAAGUAAGCUUAUAC